AUGUCUAUUAAAAUUGGAGCAGAUUUACUGGAAAAGGACCUAUUUCCACCCCUACUAUUUGGACGGUUCCGUUUCCUACCCACACAACGAGUUGGUGCUUAUAUUGUUUGUAAGGCAAAGGAGUGUGGAGGGCUUGGCCUUAAAAGGUUAACUUCUUGGAACAAAGUUUUUGCUCUAAAGCUUAUUUGGCUGCUUUUUACAAAGGCUGGUUCCCUUUGGGUUUCUUGGGUGAGGAUUAAUCUUAUUGGUAAUCGAAAUUUUUGGACUCUCAAUCCUUAUUAUUCGGGCAGCUGGAUAUGGAGAAAAUUAUGCAAGUUACGAUCUGUAGCUAGACCAUUUGUGAUUUGUGAGAUUGGCUCAGGUGUGACUGCGAGCUUUUGGCAAGACAACUGGACUGGUUUAGGCCCUCUGAUUGAUCUCACUGGCCCCACUGGUUCUCAGGUGAUCGGACUGCCUCUAAAAGCUGUGGUAAGAGAGGUGCUUGGGAGUAAUGGUUGGCGGGUCACAAAUAGUCGCAGCAGGAAUCCUGUCAUCUCUCUCUUAAGAAGUGCCUUGCCAGAGGUUGGAAACAUGCGGGAGUGUGUGGAUGAUGAUGUUUUCUUGUGGAAGACUGAUCAUCAUCCUCCUUCAUGCCUUUUUUCUUCACCUAAAACCUGGCUGGCUUUAAAUCCUCUUGAUAACUCUGUCGCUUGGCAUAAAUCUGUAUGGUUUAAGGAUCGCAUUCCAAAGCAUGCGUUUAUUUGUUGGGUUGUUGCUUGGAACAGAUUACACACAAGGGAUAGACUUACGAGCUGGGGUCUCUCUGUCUCUCCUUUGUGUGUUCUAUGCAAUGCUUGCCAUGAGUCUCGGGAUCAUUUGGUCUUUGAAUGUGUGUUCAGCCAAGAGGUUUGGAAGUUCUUCACUUCGAGAGCAAAUCUGACUCCUCCAUCCUCUUUCAUGGCGUCUCUUCUCUGGAUUAAGACUGCUUCCAGGGACUCAAACCUAUCACUCAUAUUGAAGCUCAUCUUCCAGGCUGCUAUAUAUCUCCUUUGGAAGGAGAGAAACAGUCGGAUUCACUCUUCUACUACUAGACCUCCUGCCUCGAUCAUACGAGACAUCUCUAUGACGUUAAGGGCGCGUCUUGAUCCUCUUUCCCGGAUUCAGCUGGCCUCCGCCCCUGGUUCUUCUUUGCUUUCGACUUGGUUCCGCUUCUUUGGGUAA